GAAGUGGGCAGAGACAAGCACACCAGUUCAUACUGGGUUCGUUCUUGCGUAGUAAACGCCUGCUCUGCAAAGCGCGCUUGUGUAACAGCUCAAUUCGCCCUGCAAUGCUUAACAAUGCGAUUUUACGGGUAAGUGUAAAUGUACUUUUGGGAACAGAAAUAUACUGAAAUCUGAGGUCGAUAGAAAAUCGUCGAAAUAUGGGCCUGUCCUACGAUUAUCCCCUCUGCCGUAGGGAGGUCGUAAUAACGACCUGAUGCUUCAGAUAUAACAAACAUCCAGUGCAGGGCUAUCUGUGAGUAGUCUGUCUAAAGGCGAUAUUAAGUUGCAUUUACAAAAUAAAUCGCGGUGAGACCUGGACUGAUCUUCAGUGAACAUGUCCGACAAACUUUGAUUAUGAAGACAAACUAGCACAAUUUGGAAAAUUUACUAAAUGGGUGACAAAGUACUGAAUAAUUUACUAAUUAGCUACCCAACUAUAGCAUGUUUUAACUUCGGUAAAAUAAGACAAAUGCUUUACAGUAACGUUAAAUGCCAUUUUGCGGUAAUUGUAAAUAAGUGAAAAUAAAAAGGGCUAUAUCAGAGCAUAGGUUCUGUUUCCAAUUAAAUUUGUUACACUUAGCUAUCUCGUUUAUUUUAGAAGGUUGUGAGGUACAGUAAUUAUCUUACAGACACUUAGCUAGGCACAGUAGCUAGUUUCCCUGUUAGCUGAAUCACGCCCAUCAAACAAGCAAUCUAAUUGGACUAUCUGGCUAGGCUAACGGUCUUGGUUGUAGUAAGGAACGGAGUCCAUUCAAAAACAUGUAAUGGAACGAUAUUAGCAAACCAGUAAGCUUUUGCAAAAUUAUGUAUAGUAAACUUUGAAUAGAGAACAAACAAUUAACGUCAAUCUGGUUUAAACAAGGCAAAAUUGUAACGCACAAUUGCUAGCACGUUUGCUAACUAGUCUCGUAAAUUUUGCAAGCGACGUUCGUCCGCAAUGCAGGAAUGUCAGGUAAAGUUUUAAAUGGUAAACAGAAUGUCUAGUAAUAUCAACCAGUAACUGCAUGCCAAUAUUUGUUAAUAACAUUGUUUUUCAAAACUACCUACCUUAUAAUUGAGUGCACUAGUUUCUCUCCUGUCAAACUGGAAUUCAAUCCUAACCUCUUCUCCACAAGGUAAGGGUGUAAAACCUAACAUGUUGAUUUGGGCGAGCCACGCCUGUUACACGGUAUUCUAACUGUUUGAUUGGAGCCCAAACGUUUUACACCCACGUUACUUGGAGUACACCCACAUAAACAAAGUUCUCUUUUUUUAUUCGGAUUGGCUGGUUGGAAUGAUGUGCUUCUUCAAUUGUUUGACUAUUGGUUCAAAAUCUAUUUUACAUUUUUUUCACGGGUUGUUCAUGCGGAUUGGUUCAAAUGUCAACAUACCAUUGGUUACACGAUAAGUCAGUCAGUCACUCGCGAAUAGCAAGUUCGGCUUCACCACAUAAACACAAAACCCACCCCAUUCGUGGUAUGUGAUUGGUGGUUUACUUUAGGGGUUUACAAUGACCAAAAAUGGUUAAGAUAUUUGCGACAUGAUUUGUUGAAAAGGAUGCCAAUCGACAAUAUGAAAUUGAAUAAGGUGCCCGCCCCGAUGUUUGUGUGGUGAAUUGUUAUAUAUAUAUAUAUAUAUAUAUAUAUAUAUUACAUAUAUAUAUUAUAUAUAUAUAUUAUUUUGUAUAUAUGAAUUAGAUAGCUAUGGUUCCUUACACUUCAAUUCGAGUGUAUAUAUUUUAAUUAAACUAUUUUUGUGUAUUUCUGCCGCAAGCUUUAGCUAUAUAAAAUUGUUCAUAUAAGAGAGAUAGCAUCGCAGUGUUACUACUAGCUACAUCCUUUAAUCAUUAAUUAUUGUCUUUAGAGGCUGAUAUCGGGGUACUGUAGUGUGUGCAGUGGCUAGCUAGCCAGCUAUUACAAUCUAGUAUCGUUAGCUAAUGAAAGAAUACAGGGAGAAUUUGAUCCCUGGAAAUCCAGCUGCAAGUCUGGAUCACAUCAAGCCAUGCUGGUACUGGGACAAGAAGGACCUGGCUCACACCCCCUCCCAGUCCGAGGGCCUAGACCCGGCCACCGAGGCCCGGUACCGAAGAGAGGGGGCUCGGUUCAUCUUCGACGUGGGCACGCGCCUGGGACUACACUAUGACACAUUGGCUACAGGGAUCAUCUACUUCCAUCGAUUCUACAUGUUCCAUUCCUUCAAGCAAUUUCCCAGAUAUGUGACUGGGGGUUGUUGUCUAUUCCUGGCCGGUAAAGUGGAAGAGACCCCAAAGAAAUGCAAAGACAUAAUCAAGACCGCACGCAGCCUUCUGAACGACAUACAGUUUGCCCAGUUUGGAGAUGACCCAAAGGAGGAGGUGAUGGUGCUGGAGAGAAUCCUGCUGCAGACCAUUAAGUUUGAUCUGCAGGUGGAGCACCCAUACCAGUUUUUGCUCCGCUACGCGAAGCAGCUCAAAGGUGAUAAGAACAAAGUCCAGAAGCUAGUUCAGAUGGCCUGGACAUUUGUGAAUGACAGUCUGUGCACCAUGCUGUCCCUUCAGUGGGAGCCAGAGAUCAUAGCGGUGGCAGUCAUGUACCUGGCUGGCCGGCUGUGUAAGUUCGACAUCCAGGAGUGGACGUCCCGGCAGUCUUCGCGGCGGUGGUGGGAGCAGUUUGUCCAGGAUGUCCCAGUGGAGCUGCUGGAAGACAUCUGCCACCAGAUUCUAGACCUGUACUCCCAGGGCAAGCAGCAGAUGCCGCAAACCCCCAGCGAGAAGACCCCCACUACCCCCAUCCCCACCCCCCAGCAGCCACUCACCCAGCAGCCUCCGCUCCCAAGCCCCCCCGUCCUCCCACCACUCAGCAAGAAGGCCUCGCCACAGACCAGCCCUCCCCGCCACCUCAAACGAGCCCACGUGACAUCUCCUGAAGAAGAAAGCAAGGCACCAGAGCCGCUGGGCUCCAAGAUCCCUCGACUGGAGCCUCCGAUGCCCCCACCACCCACCUCGCUACCUCCAUCGGACCGCAAGCGUCCAGCCCCCCACCUGUCCGCCCCUCUCCCAGGAGACGUCGAGCAACCAGGGGCCGGAGACCCAGCUGAGGCCCCGGAAGGACCCCCGCCGCCCCCGCACUCGGCCUCUCUCCACCAGCCCCCACCCCUGCCCCACCGCCCCCCGCCCCCUCCCCCGUCCAGCUACAUCAUGGGCAUCCCGACGUCCAGCUCCUACAUGUCAGGGGAGGGCUUCCAGAGCCUCCAGUCCAUGAUGAAGACGGAGGGGCCAUCGUACAGUGCCAUCCCCCCGUCCUACGGCCCUCCCCUGGCCUACCACGGCCAUGUCUACCCCACCAACGCCCCGCCCCCACCCGGCCCCCCGCCCCCCACUGCCUACGCUCCGCCCAGCCUCCCUCCACCGUCACCCGCCUACCCCCCGCCAGGGUACAACCACGGCUACCCUCCCCCGCCCCCUCCACGUAUGCCCCCGGGGCACGGAGACUACCCGCCCGGGGUGGGCAUCCCCCCUAGCAGCUAUCCCCCGCCCCCUGGAGGACAGAGCCAGGUACCGCCCCCGCUGCCCCCUGGGAUGCCCCCGAUAGGUGGCAUGAGUCGGGGAGCUUGGAUGAGGUGACCAGGGGGGAGUCUGGAUGUGCCACACCCCCAGUGUUACUGACAGACAGACAGGCGAUGUGAUGUGAUGGGAAGCGGACAGAUGAAUGGCUUGUUGAGGAUCCUGCUUCCCUCUGGUUCUAUCAAGCUGUCGUCUACUCACACAUUAUUCUUUUUCAUGGUUUUUAUAUAAUAGUUGAUGGAUUCCUGGAAUUUUGAGGGAAGACCCAUGAAGUAUUAAACCGGGAUUUCUGUAAAUCGAGCUAUGAAUUUUGGGAAUGUUUCAGGCUUUCUGCAACUCUAUAUAUUCAGACAGACAAACACAGCACAGCGUUGCCUAAUGAAGAACCAACCAUUAACUUUCAUUGCACAUGUUUAGUAGUUAGUGUUAAAUACGUGUAGUUGUGUAUUGUACUAUUGCUGUUUUUACAUUAGUCUUUUAGUAACAUGUUUAUUUUUUAUAUGAGACAUUUGUGAUUAGCUUGCUGUAGGAAAGAAUGAUGGGACCAAGAAGAAAAAUGGCAGCUACCUUCAAACUCCUCCAUGGCUUUAAUAUAUCUCCCACAUCCAGUUAUUUAUUAGUUUGAAACAUACUACUAAACCAGUAUUAUAUUUAUAAUGUCAAUGAAUAGGCUUCCAUUGUAGCAUAAUGCAUGGGCUGGAAGAUACAUGUGCCACUCAGACAAACAACACACACAAUAAACAAACAUCUUUUA